GGAAGUGUGCGCUCGACCAUAGAACACAAACCAAACACACACUGGGCCACUCACUGAGGAAACUCUUGUGAUAUAGAGACUCUGUACAGGAAAAUAAUUUUGUUUCAAAGUUUCCUGACAGUUUAAGGGCUUUUAAUACUACUUCCGGCACAUUUUGAGUUUCUUCUUCGGUGUUUCGUGCAGCCUUUUAAACAACGCCAGCUAGCAUCACCACAAGUGUUGAAUUAGAGAAAUGGGAGCAGAUUAGGAGCCGUCUCCUCCUCUGCAAACACUAAGCGUCGUUCUGUCGCUAACACAUUGAUGUUGGACUGUCUCCAGAUGUUGCUGUAACGCUGCCUCCCAGCUUGUCGUCUCACAUUCGCAGCUCGGCUUGUGAUGGCGUGGCAGUAGCAGCCUCUUUGUCUGUGUAUCCGUGUGAGGGGACUAUGCACGCAAAACACGGAUGUUCCUCUUUUCACAAAGUCAUCACAAGGAACCAGAGGAGGACAACAAGCUUCUAGGAGUCUCCACUGAGCCAGUGACAGCCAGCUGACAUCACUUGACAACUUGUAGCCCCGGUGUUGGACUGGUGAGCAGCUGAACAUGGAAGAUGAGGUGUUUGACCAGAUUGUGUCCGUGUUUCACAACCUGGUGUCGUGGAUCGCUGCUGGUGCCAUGGUGUUUGGUGGGAUGGUGCCUUACAUCCCCCAGUACAGAGACAUCCGCCGGACUCAAAACGCAGAGGGGUUCUCCACAUAUGUGUGCCUGGUCCUCCUGGUGGCAAACAUCCUACGGAUACUCUUCAGAUUUGGCCGCUACUUUGAGACCCUGCUGCUGUGGCAGAGCAUUAUCAUGAUCACCACCAUGCUCGUCAUGCUGAACCUGUGCACCAACGUCCGCAUGGCCACUGAACUCAACACCAAGAGGCGCUCCUUCAUAGCGACAGACAGUAAGGACGAGGAGAUCAGAAUCCCUAAGAGGCUCUUUCUGGACUUUGACUGGGGCUACUUCUGGUUGUGGAGUCGCUUCGUGGACUACAUCCAGUGUGUGCUGGGGUUCACGCUGACGGCAGCCUACAUCACCUACCUCUUCCUGGACUCUGCGCUGUUCGUGGAGACUCUGGGCUUCCUGGCUGUCUUUACUGAAGCUAUGCUGGGCACACCGCAACUGUACUGCAAUUAUCAGAACAAGUCUACAGAGGGCAUGAGCAUCAAGAUGGUGCUGAUGUGGACCAGCGGUGACACCUUUAAAACAGGCUACUUCCUGCUCACCCAGGCUCCUGUGCAGUUCUGGACAUGUGGCCUGCUGCAGGUCUUCGUGGACUUUGCCAUCCUGUUCCAGGUUUACUACUACAGCCGCUACCCACAGAAGCCAGUGUCCCACACCGUCUCCCACACCACCAGUGCCAAAGCCCUCUGAAAGCCACUCCGAGCUCUCUAGGGACAUGUCAACACCAGUGAGGAAGCACUUCUAGAGGUGCUGUGGACAUGUAUAAACAUACAUGAGUGCCGACGCACCUUGAGACGAUGCAGGCUGCUCACCCUCACCCUCAAGUAUACAUAAAGACACAUACAAACCCAUAAAUAAGGCAUGAACAUACACAGACUCUCAGAGGUGUUGGUGUCAAGCAAUACCUGAGGAACACUUGUUACAAACAAACUCAACCUUUUUGUUUUAUUUAUCCUUCUGAAUUCUUCUCAAAGUGGCAGUAUGCUUGAGUUUCGGAAUGCAGACUUCUCAAAGAAUAUAUCCUUGAAUCGACCUGUGCAUGUGGAGAUUAGUAUGCGCAUACAUGAAUAUAUACAGUAAGCUACAGCAGAUGUACGCACUGAAAUCUGCGCUCAAGGAAUCGUGGACCUGCUUCUCUCGUCCACAUUUAGCCGAUGAUUGUUGCAUGGACCCCUUUGCCUUAAAACACGAACAUUCAAACAUGGCUUGCUGCAUUACCAGCAAUAUAAAUGUAUGAAUCAAUCACAGAAACAAAUCUUGAUAUACAACUUUACUGAAUGUACAAAAUGACUUUUGUUAUUUUGUUGUUUUUCCCAACACAGUGGAGAAAUGCUGGUCAGUCUACCACUUGUUGGACAGAUGGUUGCCAUGUGCUGUGACAUGCAGCCUCAAUCUUGUGGGGUAACACAGGGAUGGAAUUGUAAUGAAGUAGAGGCAAUCAGAAUUUACCAAAAGAAGAAACAUCCCAAAGGCAUGAAGAUACAAUGUACUGGCUUCUAAAAGAACAAGUGGUCAUAAACAGUCAUAGCCUCGAUGGUGAUGGAGUUGUGAGAAGAUUAAGCUUUGUAUAAAAAGGGGUUCAGUUGUCGGAAACAUCAUGACCAAUGUUCAGGCUGCGUGCAGUUGGCUGUCGAAGGUCAAUGCCAAGAUUUUUGUACUGAAGCUGUUGAUGACAUUUCGUGUAUAAUGUUGUUCAUUUUCAUUCCACAAAUUUCAAAACCACAGGAGUCAUUUCAGCCCCAAUAUCUCACUAGUCUUAAGAUGCAUUUAGACUGAACACAAAGCAAAGUUAAAGCAAUACUUCACUCACAAUUCACCAUAUGUAUACUUGAUCUUACCUUGAAUUCAUGAAGAAAAUGUUGUUUUUCAUACAUCCCACCAUGAUUAAUGGAGAAUCCAGAAAAAAGGCAAGCAUUCUAAAUGAAUUGAAGUCAUUGGGAACCAGGUUUAACAACAGAAAAACUAUAUCAAAGCAUCCAUUUACAAACUUUCACACAACUCGUGCAGUAUAAUCCAAGUCUUAUUUAUCCAGUCGUAUGCUCAGUGCUCAGUCUCAUACACAGCCAAGUAAUGUGCCUGGACACGUGCAUGCUCAGGGCGCACUACUUGUUGGCGAAAGUGUUGGGUUAAAUAAGACUUGGAUCAUACACAGGGCCCCAGGAAUGCUGCUCAAAAAAUCUCCUGUGGCCCAAAAAGUGUUUUCCAUUGUAAAAGAGACGUCUAUAAAACUGUUGACAAGACACCUCAAGCUGUAAACAAAGUCAAUUAUGACCCUUUCUGAAAUUAUUUGUUUAACCAUGGAGAUUUAUUAUUUGUAAAACUGUUCUAAAGCUGAAAAAAAUUAUCAAAAAUUCCUCAACAUCAUUACUGUGUAAAGUCUGUGAGCCGAGCGGGAAUUCACCGGCAAGGCCAGCGGGAGAAACAUUUCUGCGCAUAUUCAAUGGACCGCAUACCGCGGAAAUAAACCCCAAAGCUAAAAACUGCUUGUGUCAGGCAACUCCAUUCUCUAUCUAGAUGUUAUUAAACAUCUGUAAUCAUACUGCACAGGUUGUGUGAGUGUUUGUAAACGGAUGUUUUGACAUAGUUAAACACGGACCCCAUUGACUUUAAUUCAUGAAGAAUAUCCUCCCUUUUUUGGAUUCUCAGUUUACCACGGAGGCAUUUGAGAAAAACAAAGUUGUCCUCAUGAAUUCAAGGAAACAUGUGGUAGGUAAUUGAUGUACAAAUUGUCAUUUUACAAGUUAAGUAUUCCUUUAAGAUGAGGCCAAACUGCAUACAAAGUCACAUGCUCAGGGGAGGGCAAAGUGAAGCAAGGACGAUUCAACGUGAGCUGAAAAUGUGUACACUUAGGAAAAAUCUGGUUUGGUCAUUGUAUGAAUCCACUUCAUAAAAGUACAGGGACAAACUGAGAGGAACGGGAGUAAAUAAGAGAACUGGAGUUCCUGCAAGAUGUGAGAUCAUUCAGAGGCUUGACAUGCUCUGCACUUGCUUAUUUUUCCCUCUUAGCUGCUCAGCAUUGUGGUCUGAACAAUCUGGGGUCGAUGUGGCAUUAGUUCAGCUGUUACGUCUGUCUGUAAAAAAUGUUAUAAUAACACAGGAAAUAGCUGAGAUCUGGAAAUGCAACUAUCAAAAUCAGACAAUCUCAGAGAUGAUUGUUUGUGAAUGCAGUGGUUAUUAUUACAGCCAAAUCAUCUCUUUUCACAGACAGAUACUUUUGAAUAUAUUCACCAAAAUCAUAUUGUCACCUCGGAUCAUAUUGGCUGCCCGUAACACCGACUGGCCAGUUUAUUAUUUAUCCUGCAAAUCCAAUAACAUCCCCUGAUAUCCCCACUCAUGCCUCCACAUCCCUGUGUGGGGCUGCUUUGGACAGGUUGUUCUCAUCACCAUUUUGUCUCAAGAAAUUAAUUUCCUGUUCAGAUGUAGCAGCAGCCACAUAACACAGUGAAGAUUUUGUUUGUUACUGUUGUUGUUUUGUAAUCUUUCUCUGGGGAGGAGAGAAAUGCCAAACCAGGAGGUGUCAGGACUGUCAGCCCUUCAGUGAACUGUGUACCAGAGCAGACCUGAUUCUGUCCUCCUCUUCGAAGCCUCAAGAAACGGAAACUUCCCUUUGCUCCAGAGGGACGUGGCAGGACUUUUCUAUGAAUAUUUCUUUCCUCUCUUAAAUAUACAAGAAAAAUAUAAGGUGGCUUCUUGGUUUCUUAGCAGUGGAUGUGCACUUUUCGUGUUCACAUCUGUUUAGUCACCCUAUUUAUUUUGUUUCCCUUUUUUAUAAUCUUCAAAUGCCAGUGUAAGAUGGUGUGUGGCUGUUGUUUAUUCAGACAGUGGUGAGGGUGACUGUGUUGUAUGGAUUAUGUGAGAUACCUGACAGGUUCUUGUUGUGCUCAACAGGAUCAAAAUGACCUCAGAAUUUCACUUUAUUUAUUGUUUCAUCCCAUGUAUCUUAUUUCCUUUUUAUACACUUUGUUUUGUAUCAUUUGGUGUAUUCAUUACAUGGUGUGAAGGUGAUUUCCCAUAGAAACGGCCAAGCUGUGUAUUGUCUUAUCUGUGAAACCCACACCUAGUUUAAUAAUGUACCAAAAAUACCAUUACCAGUAUGUUUUAUGCCAUUUUUUACUGUUACAUUGUCGUUUCAUUUUUUUUUAAAACUGCCAAUUGUCCAUCUUAAUAUUACUGACAUCCAUCAACACUUGAGGCUUUUUAAAGGAGUUGUGUGCGACAUUCAGAUGAUUAAUAUAGCAGCAAACAGCUAUUUGUCACAAUCCCGUUGCAUAAAUUAUAAUCCGAAUGUCUCUGUACUUUGCUGGGUAGCCAGUCUGGCCAUGCGUGCAUGUUACGGCAUGAGUCCCUUGCUGUCACUUGAUUUCUUCUGUAUUCAUUUAUUCAUUGUAUGAAAAAUGUGCUUUCACUGCACGUUUCUUUAUGUAUGAAUAUCCAGAGCUGAUACUGGCUAUCACCAGCUGACCUAUCAAGUUAAUGAUAGCUGCCACAUUUUGCAAAUAUUUACAAUUUGUCAAGCAUGUGACCACAAAUCCAAUAUUAAAAUCUUCUACAGUAAAGGCGACAAUUUAACAUGUAUAAACAGUAAACUAAACUAAACUAAACCCCUACGUACAUUGUAAAGAGUGCCCCAGGAAUUAGGAAUGAGUCCUAAAACCAAGAAACGAGUUAGCAUCCUAGCACUCCCGGAUCCCUCAUCUUGAAAUCAGUGGGUUUCUGUUAGAUGUCUGAAAUAACGUCUGUGUUUAAAGGGAAAUUUCGGUUUAUUUCAACCUGUCUCCUAUCGUCCUAAAUUUGUUUCAAGUGAC